CCCUUAUAUAUUUAUAUUAUAUACAUAUUCAUAUAAAAUAUGGAAUUGGAAAAUGAGCCUCGUUCAAGGUUAUAUGAUUUCGAUUCGAUAGACCAUGAUGAAUUUGACACAGAAUUAGCAAAACUUUACGCGAGACAUUGUGAAGCCAUUAAAAAUAAGUCUGAAAUUGAACUUCAUAAUUAUCUUCAGGAUAAGUCUUCACAAAAUAAAAAAGAAUAUAAUGAUAUGAUAAGUGCAUUACUCUAUGGUGCAUUAACGGAGUCACCUAAUGGACGUAUGUAUUUUCAACAUAUCUGUUUUGUUAAUCGAGAUCAUUUUUCAGUUGUUGUCAAUAAACUUCAAGUAUUAGUAACUUCUGUUAAAUUCCAGCAAUUACGACUACAAGUUCGAGAACAGAUGUUCUGGCUAAUUAGUGAAUUAACAAAUUUGACAGUAAAAAAUGUUGAUAUUCUUUAUUUAUAUUUAAUGAGACAAAUUCGUGGAGGAGAUAUCAGUCAAUCUAAUUUACUAUUAUGUGAUCAAAUCUUAAAACUAUGUGAACUACAUAAAUCCUGGUUGGAUAUAAAUCCCAAAGUGAUCGCAACCUUUGUUUAUACCUAUUUAAGAGUUAUUACUGAUCAUAGUCGAUCAGUUCAACUCCUUGCACUUCAACAAAAAGAGAUUCAAUUUGUAAUAAGUUUGUUGAGAGAAAAGUGGAUGUUAUGUGUUCCUAUAGGAAGAGAUUUGAUUCGAAUUUUACAUGAUUUAUCAUCAGUACCUGAAUUUUCUCAAUUUUGGAAUGAUUUAUUAAAUAAUCCUCAGAAACUUUCACCAAGAUUUAAAGGCAUAGACACGAUGUUAAAAACUUCUACGCCCAAAGAAUUCCUAAAAUGCAGAUUGACUCCUGAUAUGGAAUGUAAAUUACUUUAUAUUGUACAAAAUCUUCGAAUCAACCAUUAUCAAAGAAAUUUGAAUUGGUUUAUACAGAGAUUUUUAAGUACACCCGAGUCAGAGCCAUUUUAUGUGGAUAUAAUUCGAUAUUUAGUAGCUGGUUGGUAUCCUUCUAAUCAAAUCCUUCAAAGUGAUAUUGUGCCUCGAUAUGUUAUUAUUGGAAGUUUGAUGAGAUCAAUCAAGAGUAAAACAGUCGCUGCCAACGUUAAAACAGCAUUGAUUUUUGAUUGGCUUUUCUUUACACCUACGGAAAAUAUUAUGUUUAUUGAGCCUGCCAUGUUAUUAAUGGAAAGAUCUGUGGAGCGAUAUCCUUUAAUUACUGCUGAAAUUAUGGAAUUCCUCAAAUAUUCUGUAGAUAAAUAUUUUCCACCAAUGAAAGAUUAUAUGGUCCAAUGUGUCGCUUGUGGAAUGCAAAUUAUCUUAAGUAAAGGAGUCAUACGUAGUUUAAUUCCUAUCUAUAAAUGUCCCAAAACAGAUGCAACUACCAGAGGAUAUAUGCAAUCGUUAUUUUCAGAAUUUCUGGUCGAAGAUCAUCGUCAACAAAUUCCUGCUUUACCAGCUUCUGUGUCGAUGUUAUCUUCAAUUACACCAUCUACAAGCUUAGAAACAAUGCCUCAAAAAAGCUAUCUAAAGACAGAGUCAACAGAAGUGAUUAAGCAAGGUAAAACGGAUGAAGGUGAUAAUGAGUAUGAUAAUUUAAUACAACAAAAGCAGAGUCAACCAUUAUCGCGUAGAGCUUCGUUAGCUGCUCCAGUUAUUAAAGAUGAUGAUGAGGUAGAUGCUUUUCUUUAUGGAGAAUCAGAUAAAUCUGCUGAAACGAGUGAAAGAGAAGAUGAAAAGAUGAGCAAUAUAGAAGAAGAAGAAGAAAAAGAAGAAGAAGAAGAAUCAAGUCAACCUGUGAAAGAGUCUGACGAAUCAAAUCAAGAUAUGAUGGAAGGGGUAAUAUCAGUAAUUGCUACAGAAGAUAAUGAAUAUGAUGAUGAAGAAGAUGAAGUAAAUAAAGAUACAGAAGGAAUUCAAUCCAAUCAAUCAUAUUGGAUCUUUGGUGAUUCUCUGAAACGAUUUAAAGAAUCAUGUAGUGCAGCUAGGGCUUCUCAAAAGGCAAAUGAUCAAGAUGAAUAUCGACUACAAAUUGUCAUUGCAAAACGAAGUUUAAAAGAAAUAUUGGCUGUAUUUUUGCGAAUGUCUUUAUAUUAAAUAUAUUAAUUAUAGGCUAUUCCCGCUGAAUCACUUGCCUUAGCAAUUAGAACUCAUAUUUGUAAUAUAGUAGCAGCUAACAUGUUAUCUCAUGCAGAUUUAUCGAAUAAUAAUAAUUCACUAGAAAAAAAAGAGGAUGAAAAUGCAGUUUUAACAGAUGAUACAAAGGAUGUCUUUGACUUGAUUAUGAUAGCAUUUUGGAAGGACUGUGAUACAGAUGCCUUAAAAAAUAAAAUCAUACAGUUAAUAGGAUAUAUUUCA